AUGAACAUAAAUCAGAACCAUAAUCUGAACCUGAACCUUAACUUGAACGUGAAUCAGAAUUCUCCACACCUGAAUGCUGCACACCCGAAUUCACCUCACACGAAUUCUGCAAACCUUGCAACAUCCAAAUUGCUGCACCUCACAGGAUCAGUAGCGAAUAAAGAGGGACCAAAUGCAAAUGACAUAAAUAAGAGCAUGAAAAAUGGAGUGGAGAUUGGAAAAACUUAUGUGUAUAAAGAAAUGCACCAUGGGAAGAUUAACAUGAAUCCACAUGUUGGAAAUUAUGGAAAAAUAGACAUUCCACAGGGGGAUUUAACCACACUAAAUCAAAACAGACGCGACAUGAACGAUAAUCCAUCAAGAGAUAGACAAAACAAAAAAAAGGAAGAACAUUUUAAAAGUAUAACACAUUUUGCAAAAUACCUUUUCUUUAUAGCUAAAAAAAUUGCUUAUGAAGAUUUGGAGAAACCAAGUGGAAAUACAAUACACCAGAAUCCAAACGAUGAAUUACAUAAAUCUCUAGUUAAACAUCUAAUAUACAAAUUAAAUAAAAUCCUUUCUACUUUAAUAAAUUUCAACAUUCUUCAAUAUAAUGAAAAUGUUAACGUUAAACAAGAAAUUGAAUACUUAUGCAUAAAAAAUAGUUCCAUAACCAUAAACAAAAUUAGAAUCAUGUUAAAAAAACUUGAAGAAAGUAAUAUCAAUUAUAAAUAUAUUCUGUAUAUUCUACUCAAGUUAAGAAUUUAUCAUGAUGAAAAUGCCACAACAAAUUCGUUUUCUACCUUAAGUAGCGCACCUCUAGGUCCAGAUAAUAUACCUAUAGUGACAUAUGAAAAUAGAAAAAUGAAACCACUACAAGCAGAUGUAGAAUCACAAAGACAGACAAAUAUCAUAGCUAUGGGACAUCAUGGCGAAAAUCAAAGACAUAUCAAUAGUGAAGUUGUCCCGUACGAUCAGAAGACAAUGCAAACUGCUGCCACAAACAAUCAGACUAGACAUAACAUGCAUGGAGAAGUACAUAUGUCUAAAUUGGAAGAUGAAAUUGGAGGCAGAAGACAAAACUGUCCAGAUGUAAAUCAUAGAAAAGAACACAAUCUAGCCAUUGGAAAUGAUCAUCGUUUCGGGGGGUCGUAUAUUCCAAAUGUAGAAGCGAGAGAGGUGGGAGAGGUGGGAGAAGUAGGAGAAGCGAGAGAAAUGAGAGAAGUAGGAGAAGCGAGAGAGAUGAGAGACGUGAGAGAGAUGAGAGACCCGAGAGACGUGAGAGACCUGAGAGACGUGAGAGACCUGAGAGACGUGAGAGACCAGAGAGAAAUGAACCUGGUGAGAAACGCUGCGAACAGAAAAGAAGUAGAACUCAUGUGCAAGAAGAAUUUCAUAAAUAAAAGCCUCUACGCAACAAUCAUACUGAAUAAUAAAUUCAACAGUUUAGAAGUAGAAGAAAAUGUAAUCAUGAGAGAUUUAAUAUACCCGUUGCAAGGUAUGAGUGGACAGUAUGUAAAGUACAACAAAGCACAAAACUGCUUCUGUGUGUCUAAUAUAAAAGUAAACAUCGGUAUGCACCAUUUGAUAAACAAUAUAAGCAGUGUGGGAAUACUGUUCAGACGUAUUAAGAAAUGCGUUGGAUUUACAUCUUCUUCAGAAACGGAUGCAGAGACAGGACAGCUUUACAACCAAGUGGGACAUGAUGACGAUGGUAGUGGUCGUGGUGAUGAAGAGAACAUCUACAAUCAGGAAGACCAAAACUUUGAACCUGAAACAGAAGAAAAAACAAGAUCAUAUAUGCAUAAUCUUGAGCUGUGUAACCAGCGUAAUCGAGGACUAUUGCACACACGUAAAAAACGUGGAAGUUUAGUAAUUGAUGCAUUGCAUCAAAUUGUUCGUGAGUAUAUAAAUGAAUAUUAUAAAUUAUUAUCAUAUAUCGAAAGUGAUAUAAAUGAACAUAUACACAAGAAUACAGUGUACAUAGGAGUUAAAAAAUUAUAUCUACUUCUACAAGAAUCGUAUAAAAUAUUACGGGUUCUAAUGAACGUAGUGGAUGAGUCGUUUAGAAGUACCGGUUGUAAUUUCCUUUCUUUCCUUUACUCAAAAUCACAAACAUACGACUAUGAAGAACAAAAAAUAUACAAAAUGAUGUUGCAGAAAUGUUUGAAACCAAUUAAUUUCAUUCUAAAACAGUGGGUUGAAUAUGGUAUAUUGAAAGAUAAAUACAACGAAACUUUUAUUUCUACUAAUAAAAAUGUCCCUUCUGAAAAAAUCUGGAUUUACAAAUUUUACCUGAACAGCAAUAAUAUUCCUCUAUUUCUGAGUGUCAAUACAGCAAAGAGAAUCCUCCUUACAGGGAAGUGUGUUCACUUAUUGAACUCUUUCAGAAAUGAUAAUAACAAUCCAGAAAGUUCCCAGUUAGACAGAUCAGAAUACAACCGAAUUGGACCCUCUAUGUCAGUCUCACAUACCGAAUCAAGCACCAUGGAUAUUAUGCAAAACGAAUACAUAUCACAUGAUUCACCUGACCAUUCAGAUGUGGACAUAUUUUCCGUGACAGAUGUGAACACGUAUAUAGAAAAUAUUGAUCAAUACAUAAGAAAAUCAUCGAAUAGAAAAAAUAAGAGACUCAUUUCAAUGCUUGUAAACAAAUACGGAUUGUAUGAACACUUCAAAGCAUUUCGACAUUUUCUCUUAUUAGUAGAUGGAGACUUAUUUGAAACCAUUUUUGAUAACAUGAAAACCGACCUUUAUAUGAACGCAGAAGAAUUGAAGAGACAUUACCUGAACAGUAAGCUAGAUUUGUGCAUAAAGUCAUCCUCUAUAUUUACAUCAAAUCAGAAUAUUAUGAACAAAUUAAUAUUAGAUAAAUUUCAAAUAAAAAGAGGUGAUAUCGGUUGGGAUGUAUUAGUCUUUGAUUUCAUUGUAGAGAAACCACUAAACAUUAUAUUCACUGAAAAAAUAAAAAAAAUUUACAAAAGUAUAAAUGUAUUGUUAAUAAAAUUAAAAAAAAUUCUAUACGAAUUAGCAAAUAUAUGGUACUUAUUUACACAUCUUUUUAAAAUUAUGAAUGUCGUUUGUUACAACCAUGUAUUCAUAUAUUGCAAUGUCAUAAGAAAUGAAAUGUUUCAUUUUAUUCAAAACAUAUUAUCCUACUUUUACUAUGAUGUUAUAGACAUGAAUUGGCGUGAAUUCAAAAAAAUCAUUUUUAAUUGUAAUAACUUGGAUCGAUUGAUACACGAACAUUACUACUACAUAACUCAAAUUCAGUUUGAUUUGUUUCUAGGAAAUUUUGCAGAAAGUAAAAGUGGCAAUAGUACUGUCACUAAGGGUACACACAUAAGUAGUACUAAUAGAAGCAACAAUAAUUGUAAUAAUAAGGAUAGCAACCCUCCUCCCGCCCCAUACUUAGAUACACCUGCAGGAACAUCUGUCAGCAGAACCCACCAACAUAAGGUGGAUUCUAACAAGGAUCCAUAUACAGAUGCAUAUCACACAUCUUCUUCAAAUGUAUUUUCUGAAGAUUAUUCUGCUGAUGAUGAUUCUGAGGUGGAUUAUGAAAAUUUUUCUGAAGAUGGUUCCACAGUUAGCUAUCUUAACAAUUCAUUGAAUCCACAACUUGUCGGAGCUACUGAUUUUGUAUAUGCACCAGCACCUGCUCAUCCUUUGAAUGGAAAUAUGAAAGAAACAAAGGAUAAAUUUAUACCAUCAUCAAGAUCAAGAAAUGUGCACAACCCCUCAAAUCCGAUGGGAGGUGGAGGAGGAGAGAGAUAUGGAAACACAGAAGUUGUUCAUAAUCCAACAGCUACUUCUAACAGAACACAUAAUAAUAUGGAUAAUGAAAUGCAUAUGUGUCUUAACAGAAUAUUAGAUAUAAUUACGAGAUUUAUUAAUCUCACAAGUGCUUUAAUAUCAUCUGUGUGUGAAAGUUACGCUGAAAUAAAACAACUGACAGAAGAAAAAAAGGAAGAAAAAACAAAUCUUGAAAAUGAUAUCGAAUAUAUUAACAGCUUCAUCAAUUCAAAUAUAAUUGGAGAAAAAACCAUUCGGGAUAUUAAGAUGCUUCUAAAAUAUUAUAGGAAUUAUAUUUAUAAGUUUAUUUGCUUAUUACUUAAUGAUAACAAGUUUUUAUAUACUCAUUCCAGAGUCUCGAAGCGCGACAAGCUGAACUCACAUCGUCUAUUGGCAUCUAGACUAGACUUUAAUUUGUAUUAUGUCAAUAUAUCAAAACUUAUGGGAACCAAAACUUCUAAACUGAAUAUAUCCAAUCAGAUUAAGAUGAUUAAGCGAUAG